GAUGCGAGCUGAACGUUCAGUUAGAAAGAGGAGACUACUUGCAGCGAACCAUUCGUUGUGACCCGACACAUGUGUCGCUGCUGCCGUGUAUACACAAGGGCCGUGUGAUGUGGUGAAUGACGUUUCAGAUCGGAACCCUCGUCUAGAUUCAUCGUAGCAAGAUGUCAAGAUAUCACAGACCACACGAAAUGUACAAAGACAAGGACAAUACGAAGAAGUUAAACACAGAGAAGACUGAUACUCCUCUUUCGGGAAUGACACCUCCUCCUCCACCCCCACCUUCGUUUCCCCCUCCACCCGACGUAACGUCACCACCCUCACGAGGUAGCAGCGCCUCGGAUAUCGGCUCCACAGAAAAAACAAAUGCAGCAACACUACCGGCAGGAGAGUGUUUGGACAAAAAUGGCGAACUCGACAUUCCCAAACGUCGUUCAAACAGGAACAAGACGAAAUCGGAGCUCAUUCGACUGUUAAGCAGUUUAUACGCUCGAUUGCUGAUCGUGGCAUCGGCCAUUAUGACGUUCAGCGAAGUCCUCGACAACCAAAUAUCCCUAUUUUACUUUCACGGUUACCUCUACACGUUCAUAGUUGGUGGAGCGAUUAUAUGCCUCUUGGGCAUAUACAUAACCAUGAUGGUGGAUAAAUGCCCGAAUUUGACAGGUGGGGAUCGCUCGGAUAACGUUAACGACGACCUGGCACCCUUCAAGAAGAAAACCUGCUACUACAGCUCUGAAAUUUACAUCUAUUUAAGAUUAGGAGCCGUGGCAUUUGGACUUGGAACACUGAUAUCAACGGGACUAGAAAUAGGAACGAUAUUCACCAUAGAAGAUAAUUGCAUGAACGAACUGAACUUGGCACAACCAUUCCUUCGUGGUUUAUUCACGUUUCUUCAAAUGCAUUUCCUCUUUAUGAAUGCUCAAGAUUUGUUACAAGCAUUGGGAUGGUUCCGUCACGUGGCUCUCAUGCAUUUAAUGGCAGCUAAUUUAGCAAUAUGGCUACGUCUACUCUUCUUCGAAUCUUCGUUUUAUUGGAUGCAAGUGACCCACUUCCACCACAAUGCAACAUUAAAUUUUCCAGAUCCUACUAGAAAUCCCAAUAUUUCUUUGCAUACUUUAGACAAGAAAGGAGGCCACAUCUCUUUCUGGUCUAAAGAUUGUUGGUGGCACAGAACUGACGAUCAAGCAAUGGAAGAUGUUCUGGAAGUUUAUUAUUGUUUGCAAAAUACAUCUAUUGGAGUUAUAUGGGAGAAAUCUCUACCUUACUUAUCCCCUUGCAUCGUACAAUAUUCAUUGUUGUCAGCUGCCGUCAUCUACUUCUUAUGGGAGAAUUUGGAUAACACUAGAGUAUCCAGAAAGUCCCUUUGUAGUUCAGUAGAUUACGAUCCAAGAAUUACAAAACGUAGGAAAUCAUUUGGCAAUCUGAAUAUUGACUGUCAAGGAUCGAGCAAAGGGCUAUUCUUGGGUUUACUCCUCUUAGUCGCAGGGAUCAUUGUCCUGAUUCUAUUCUUCGUACUGUCACACGAAAAGAAAUUCCAGUACGACACUAUUAUAGCACUGACCACAAUGCACUGCGCCGUAUUGAUAAUUUCGGCUCUGGCGACUAUUCUUGGUAUCUUUCAAAUACACAAAGUACGAACGAGAUCACGCAAGCCUCAGGAACUACACAGCCUCUUGCAAAACGUGGGCCUUCUUGCAGUCUUUGCUUUUGGCUUCCUGAACAUGAUCGUUGGUGGUACCAAUUUACUAAGCUCUCGUUAUAUCAUUCUGUUUUUAGAUGGGGCAUUCAUGGUCAUACAGGCUUGUGUUCAGUCCCUCUUUGCUCAUCAGGUGGGAAGGAAAAGCAGUAGUCCAAAUACCGAAUUCAACAGAUCUAAACCGGGCCGUCAAAUAGUGACUUUUUUGGUAUUUGCUAAUUUGGUAUUGUGGCUGAUGGAGUCGUUUUUAACACAGGACCGCCUGGCAACACAACUGCAAAUGCAAUUCUAUGGCGAUUUACCGUGGGGUGUACUUUCUCGAAUUGCUCUUCCUCUAGUUGUGUUCUACAGAUUCCAUUCCUCCGCAUCUUUGAUGGAAUCUUGGAAAAGAUCAUACAAAGUCUUGGAAGAUUUCUGAAACUAAGUUAAGCUUUCAUGCAAGCUAGUUGCAUAGUUUCUUCUACGUAACAAGCAAUUCCAACACGCGAGUAUUUUAAGCAUGCAAGCAGCUUCGAUAUGUAUUUUUUAAACUUGAAUUUUCGUGGAUUUAGAGAUUUUUCUGCCACGUUUUUAAAAAUAUAAUAAAUGUAUAAGAAAUAGAUCAUGAGCAUCCUGUAAAAAAAUACAAUUAUCUUAUAUAUUUUAUAAUCAUUUUUUUUUUAAUAUUC